AUGGACGACAGCUGUGCUGUAUGUGCUGAAACUUUAGAAUGGGUUGCCUACGGCGCCUGCGGUCACCGGGACGUGUGCUCCAACUGCGUCGCUCGUCUCCGCUUCAUCUGCAACAAUCGCCGCUGCUGCAUCUGCAAGACUGAGUCCGAUGUCAUCUUCGUCACUAAGUCUUUAGGGGAUUACACGAGCUUGGUCAAUGACUUCUCUGUAUUGCCAUAUGAUGUAAGAGAAGGACGGAUGGGUUCGUACUGGUACCAUGAGGAUACGCAAGCCUUUUUCGAUGAUGUUGAUCACUACAAAAUGAUCAAGGCAAUGUGCAAGCUUUCAUGUACUGUAUGUGACAAGAUGGAGGAUCGAUCCAAUGAUGGGAUGAAGCGACGGGUGCAGUUUAGGAACAUUGAACAGUUGAAAAAUCAUUUGAUUCAUAGGCAUAGACGGGCUAUGUGCAGCCUAUGUUUGGCAGGACGGAAGGUGUUUAUAUGUGAACAAAAACUGUAUACAAGAGCACAGUUGAAUCAACAUAUAAACACUGGUAACUCUGAGGUGGAUGGGACCGAGAGUGAGAGAGGUGGAUUCAUGGGGCAUCCAAAGUGUGUGUUCUGCAACACCACAUUCUAUGGGGAAAGUGAGUUAUACUCCCACAUGUCCAUAGAGCAUUAUACAUGUCAUAUAUGUCAAAGGCGGCAUCCAGGACAUAAUAAAUAUUACAAGAAUUAUGAUGAUCUCGAGAUCCAUUUUCGCCUAGAUCAUUACCUAUGUGAGGAUGAGGUUUGCCUUGCCAAAAAGUUUAUUGUCUUUAAGUCUGUAGCUGACCUAAAGAGGCAUAAUACCAGUGAACAUGGAGGUCGCAUGUUUCGUGCACGGUGUAAUACUGCUUUACAAAUACCGACCAGCUCUCAACAUCAUCGAAAUAAUGAAGAUAAUCGUUAUGGAAGGGGGCGAACGGUUCGAGGUCAACCAUCUGAUAAUGACUAUCAACUUUCAAUGGCCAUUGAGGCAAGUUUGAGGACAGCCAAUGUGCCCUCAGCGUCAUCUACUGUGCAGGUUGCCUCUGCUCAUGGGGACACAAAUGAUGUUCAUCCUUUUGAAUCAUUAUCUACAACAGAUCCGGAAUCAUCUUCAAGAUAUCUUCAAGCAUUGGGGGCAGGCUCUAGGGGUGCACCUUUUCAAGCAUCUUCUUUUCCUCCACUUCCCAUGGUUCCCAGCACCAUUCGACAAAAAUCUAAACAGGGCUCAGAAGAUAACACCAAGCAAGCUCAUCUACCAUGCCAGAAGAACAAGAAUGAAAAGUCUUUUAGUUUAGUUCAGGAAUGGGCCAUGCAAGCAUCAAGUAGUUCAAGUCAGAUUACUAAAACAACAAAUAUUGCAGCCGUGGCAUCACCUGUUACAGGUAAGGGAGUUGCAGAAUUGAGCUAUACAAGUUCAAGUCAUGCACAGGCUCAGACUCAAUCCACAACAGCAGAUAUAUUAACAGAAUCUGGCUCUGGAAUGAGCUCAGGCAAUGUAAGUAUGAUUAGCCACUCUUCAUCAGCUCCAAAUCAUGCUAAUGGUGGAAACCCUGAGUCAGAACCAUUGGUUUCUGGGUUUCCUCCGGUUUGUGGAGCACAAAGGCACAAGCAUUCUUCAAGCAGCCGGGUUCUGAGGAUUGUAGAAGAAGUUCAUAUGACCAACAAAUCUUUGGCUGAAAAGAUGAUGAGAUGCUCUUGA